AUGUCGUUCAAAGUUAAGGCCGGUUUGGCGCAGAUGCUCAAAGGUGGAGUCAUCAUGGAUGUGGUGACUCCAGAACAAGCGGUGAUUGCUGAAAAAGCUGGUGCUUGUGCCGUGAUGGCAUUGGAACGUAUUCCUGCUGAUAUGAGGGCAUCGGGUCAGGUUUGCAGAAUGUCCGACCCCAAAAUGAUCAAGUCAAUUAUGGAGGCCGUUUCCAUUCCCGUUAUGGCUAAAUGCAGAAUCGGCCAUAAAGUUGAAGCCCAAAUUUUGGAAGCAUUGGAGGUGGAUUAUAUUGAUGAGUCGGAAGUGUUGACUCCUGCUGACAAGAAACAUCACAUCAAGAAGGACCAAUACAAAGUACCGUUUGUAUGUGGAGCUAAAGAUUUGGGAGAAGCGCUUCGUCGAAUCAAUGAAGGUGCUGCGAUGUUGAGAACCAAAGGUGAAGCCGGUACCGGAGACAUUUCCGAAGCAGUUAAGCAUAUUACGGUUAUUCAGGAGCAAAUUGACGAGCUUUUGACGAAAGAUGAAGCCGGAAUUGAACAAGCCGCCAAGGAAAUGAGAGUUCCUGUCGAAUUGGUCAAACAACUUGUGGCCGACAAGGGUAAAUUUCCCGUGGUCAAUUUUGCAGCCGGUGGUGUUGCUACUCCUUCUGAUGCUGCGCUUUGCAUGCAGAUGGGAUGUGACGGAGUUUUUGUGGGCUCGGGUAUAUUCAAGUCCAAAAACCCAGAAAAGCUUGCCAAGGCCAUUGUCAAUGCAGUUACCCAUUAUGAAGACCCCAAGAAGAUUUUGGAGUAUUCUACUGACUUGGGUGAGUUGAUGUUCGGUGUGGCUAUCGACGGGUUGGACGACAAGUCGAGGUUAUCCACCCGUGGAUGGUAA